AUGGCUGCCGCUCCCCAGGACACAGGCGCGCAGCUCCGCGCCGCCACCGUAGGCUUCGACUGGAUAUUCGCCAAUGAACUCGAGAAGGCACGCGAGACGUUCGCCAGCGGCGACUCUCCCUUUCACUCUCUCGGUCUCGGUGUAUGCGCCUUCCUAGAGGCUGCGCUGGGUAUGGAGACUGGUUUGAUGGCCGAGGGUUCUCGUCUCCUCGCCCUCGCGGAGGCGGGCGCGAAGAAGCAACUCAAACUCGCCAAGUCUUCCGACAAAGCAUCCCAGUUUCCCCCAGGCACCGAAUGGGAGCUCCUUCAUUCGGACGCCGUAAUCCUUCUUGGCCUCACCCACGCCCUGAGCGAAUCCUACAUGGGCUAUUUGCAAUGUCUGUAUGCUAUGAAUACCGCACAUACCAAAUUCUCCAAGUUGUAUAAGACCGUGUACCCUAACGGCCUCGAGAACUACGCAACCCCGGCCGCGUCGACCGCUAGUUCUCGUGCUGCGAGCAUUCGAUCGGAAACCUCCGGCUCAAGCUCCCCCAAACCCGCCAGAUCCGGGUUCUUCAGCCGCUUUACAGGCGCGACGCUCACUGUUCCAAGUACCCCACAUGUACCGAUAAUCGCGGAGGAAGGUUCAGUGGACGAGCUCAUUCUCUCCGGAGCCGCUUUCGGAUAUGGUCUCUUCAACCUCGUGUUCUCCCUGCUCCCCGCAAAGAUCAGAGGUGUUGUCGGAUUCUUUGGGUUCAACCACGAUAGGAAACUAGCACUGCAAGCUUUGGCCGUGUCCGCCGCCAAGACCGAUGUGCACUCCGUCUUCGCAGGCUUGUCAUUAAUGACUUACCACGGCGUGGUGCUUCUACUUUCCGGCUAUCAAGCCAAUGAGGCCCAUAUAAUAAAGCAGUACCAUGCCAUUGUCGACAAGCUGGAAACUCGGUAUCCCACGGGUUCACUGUGGAUUCUAAACCGAGCAAAGAUCCUUCGCAUGUCCUAUGAUCCGGAUGGCGCUAUCAAGGUCCUACAGGACGGCCUCGCGCCAGGUCGGCCGCAUACAUUUGCUCAAGCCGAUGGUCUGCUUAUCUUCGAACUCGCAUGGACCCUCCUGUCUCAGAGGCGCUAUCAAGAUGCCGCGGACGCUUUCAUAAAAGUGACAGAGAUAAACAGCUGGAGUCAUGCAACCUACUACUUUAUUGCUGCAGGCUGCUACAUCUCGUUGAAGAACUAUGAGAAGGCCCAGGAGCUGAUGGAUCGCAUUCCAGAGGCCAUCGAGAAGAGGAAGAUCGGCGGAAAAGACCUGCCCACCGAAGUCUUCAUCAAGAAGAAGCUUGCCUUUUACAAGGAGAAGCAGCUCGCCCUGACUGGGUCUGAGGCUAAUUACGCUCAUGCUGUGAAGAUCAGCCCGGCAGAAGAACUUGGUAUCUUCUGGAACACGCACGCUCGUAUUACGAAGGACACCGCCAUUGCCCAUCUGAAGGAUUGGGCCACCUGCAUGAACCCACCGCCCACCAUCGAGACCGCGCUUCUCAAGGAGCACGUCCCCGUUCCAACUGCCGCAGAGCCUACUGACGGGACCAAGAACGUCGCAGACACCCCCGACGAGCUCGCGAUCCGCUCCCUUCUUCUCGGCAUCGUCCACCGCACCGCGGGUGACUUCGCCGGCUCACGAGCGUUCCUCGAGGACGCCGAAGCACGGCACUCAGCAGUGGUCGUGAGCACGUGGGUGGGCGGCGUUGCCUGGUUUGAGCAUGCCGUGCUCGAUUUGAAGGAGAUGGAGGCGCGCGCAGGCACGAACCAGGCCGCCGGGCUCGGGGCGACGGGAGAGAAGGAGUGGACGCGCGUGCUCAAGGAUGCACUGGAGAAGCUAGACAAGGCGCUCUCGCUUGCGACGCAGCAGGUCGACCUGUCGUCCCGCCUGGACAGCAGGAUCGCGAUGCUGAAGGACGAGAUCGCGCUCAAGAAGGAGAUCUUGGGCCUCCCGGCAUAG